UGACAUUGGCGAGAUGUUUACUGUUCGACAGAAGUAAUUGGUCGAGGAAUUAGUUAAUAGUUCUAUCUUGAUUGGGUAUUAUUUGGCAGAAAUUACAUCUUCUUUAUUGAUCUGAAGAAGGAAGAAAUGUUCUGCACGGCGCUUUUAGAGUUUUUCUGCAUUCCCUUUAUUGUAUUUAUAACAUUUCUAAUUAUAUUGUCUGCGGUGAAUAAAUCCGUCGGUGUACGAAGAGCAUACGUAAAACUUUUGCUAAAGAUAUUUGAGUUCGGUCGUCUGAGCAUUGAAUCUGCUGCGAAAGAACGUCAGAAAAAAGAUGGUGAGGAGUCUUGUAAUGUCUCAAUAGAAGCCAAGGCUAAUGACAUUAAUAUAUCUUACGCAAAAAAAACUGGAUCCAGUAUACCAACUACAAAUGGUAAUACGUUAAUUAGUAGAGAUAGCGUACUUCUUCCAACAACCAACGAGCCUUCGGCUGCGGACUGUGAUAACUCUUCAAAAGAUGAGGAAAUUCGGUUUAAUUUGGAAAAAUGCCUAGACUACAUUAAAGCAGGUGUUGAAUCUAUUAUCGAGGAUGAAGUGACAUCACGUUUUGAAGCGGAGGAAUUAAAAAGCUGGAAUUUAUUAACGCGUACAAAUCGUCGCUAUGAAUUUAUAUCGUGGAAGAUAACAUUAAUUUGGAUGGCUGGCUUUGCUGUGCGUUACUUCAUUUUGAUGCCCCUACGAGUUUUUGUAUGCUUUGUUGGCGUCUGUGUUGCAGUCAUUGCUAAUAGCUUAGCUGCGCUGAUUCCCUUCGAAUUUCUUCGACAUCCCUGCGCAGAUUUAGCUUUUAAAAUUACUUUUCGCCUCAUGACACGUUCUCUGUCGGCAGUUAUUACUUUCCACAAUACAGAACUCAAACCAAAAGGUUCUGGUUUUUGUGUGGCAAAUCACACUUCUCCCUUGGACGUCGCUAUUCUUUCAACUGACUGUACUUUCUCUUUGGUAGUUUGGUUGACUGUUUGUACGGCUAUAGUUGGAUAUAUUAAAGAUGGUGAAUAUAAAAGGCGAAUGGUAGACCAAGUACUUGGUCAUUGCUUUUCGGUGCUUUCCAGUGCAAUUUCAGCCGUAAUUUAUUAUCAUAAUAUGGAAAAUCGACCCACAAAUGGGAUUUGUGUCGCUAACCAUACCAGCCCAAUCGAUGUAUUAGUACUUAUGUGUGAUAAAACGUAUUCAUUGAUUGGUCAACGGCAUGGUGGAUUUUUGGGUUUGCUGCAGCGAGCAUUAGCUCGUGCCUCGCCUCACAUUUGGUUUGAAAGGGGAGAAGCAAAGGAUCGACAUGCAGUAGCUGAACGUCUUAGACAACACGUAUCAAAUCCAAAUAACCCUCCAAUAUUGAUAUUUCCUGAGGGUACCUGCAUAAACAACACGUCCGUUAUGCAAUUUAAAAAGGGCAGCUUCGAAGUUGGAGGAGUCAUUUACCCAGUAGCUAUUAAAUAUGAUCCUCGGUUUGGAGAUGCUUUCUGGAAUAGCUCAAAAUAUUCAAUGAUGCAGUAUUUGUAUAUGAUGAUGACUUCUUGGGCUAUUGUGUGUGAUGUUUGGUACUUGCCACCUAUGUAUCGACAAGAAGGGGAGUCAGCCAUAGAUUUUGCCAAUCGUGUCAAAAGUGUUAUUGCAAAGCAGGGUGGCCUCGUAGAUUUAGUUUGGGACGGACAACUAAAACGAAUGAAACCAAAGAAAGAAUGGAAAGAAAUGCAACAAGUGGAAUUUACUAAACGUUUGAAAGGCGACUAACCACUUCUUACACACUAUUUCUAAGUCCCCAUUUAAUUUUGUAUUAAUGUGUAUUAAAACAAAAAUACAUGCGCUGGUAUUAGAUAUAUUAA